UUGACAGCUUCAGAAGUCGGGCAUCACGCUCAGCAGCGCUUUCACUUUCUCUGGCGUUUCCGAGCGAUCUCGCUGUGAGCCUGGGGUUGUCAAACUCAAAACCCAUCCUCCAGAAGCCCACACACUCCGGCACCAUGAGCAAAAAGAAAAAGGAGUGGAGAACCGAGAAAGAGCGCUUGCUGAGUCUUACACUGGAGGAAAGACGUAAAGAGUUUGACCACUAUCUGACCCUGGACAAGAUACAGACCUGGAAAGAGCACACCACAGGCACAGACAAAGGAUCAGAGGGAAAGAAGGAACACCCUGUGUCACUGAGUGAUAAAGUCUCUCUGUACAAAGGGGACAUCACCGAACUGGAGGUGGACGCCAUUGUGAAUGCUGCAAACUCCAGUCUUCUUGGCGGUGGCGGAGUGGAUGGUUGCAUACACAGAGGAGCAGGCCAUUUCCUGUAUGACGAGUGCUACUCUCUAAACGGCUGUGAGACAGGCAAAGCCAAGAUCACCUGCGGCUAUUACCUGCCUGCCAAGUAUGUAAUCCACACUGUUGGUCCUAUUGCCAGGGGUAAUGUGGACACUCCCCAAAAAGGAGCCCUUAAAUCUUGCUACUUGAACUCUCUAGACCUGUUGAAGGAGAAUAAACUGCGCUCUGUGGCCUUUCCAUGCAUAUCGACAGGAAUCUAUGGUUUUCCCAAUGAUCCUGCUGCCAGUAUAGCCCUGCAAACUGUGAAGGACUGGCUGUCAGAAAACAUGGACGAGAUCGAUCGCAUCAUAUUUUGCGUCUUUCUGGACACUGAUUUCGAAAUUUACAAGAAGAAGAUGGCCGAGUUCUUCCGCCCAGCUGAGAAAGAGCGCGAGGAAGAGCGUGAGGAAGAAAAGCCAGCCCAGAUGAGGGAUGAUGAAAAUGAAGUUGGGGAUGUUGAGAUGCAGAGCCAAGUAGAAAAAGAUGAAAAUGAAGCUGCAGAUGUUGACAUGCAGAGCCAAGUAGAAACAGAUAUGGCGAUAUCUGCAGGUGUGUCUGCUGUUGAGGAACCCAGUCAGGAAUCAGAAGACCAGAAGGCAGAAGAAGAGAGUGCUCCCAACGAAGAAGAAGAGGUGCCUGAGGAAAAGAAGGAAGCAGAGGAUGAUACCGGGGCAGAGAGAGAGAAGAUGGCAGAUGGGAAGACUCAGACUACACCUGCAAAAACAACAAAAGAGGACGAGAAAGACCAAGCAAACAGCAUGGGAACCAAGAAAAAAGAAGUAGUUGAGUCCACUAAAGUUGCCCAGAACAAGGAUGGAAAAAACAGCAAUGAAAACAACCCUGAAGAUGCACCAGAACAUCAGGAUGAAAACCAGGAUGAAACACAGCCUCUCAAAGAUGGUGUCGAUAAGCUGAAAAAGGAGUGAGACGACAAUCAGCCUUGAAGGUCCACGCACCGGCAAACUGUGCGAAGGCAAACCUGCCACUAUGAAGUGGAGUCUCCCAAAAAACCCAGGAAGAAGAUCUAUCCACCACCAUCUUGCUUCUUCCAUUUCUCUUUUUCUUUUCUUUCUCUUUCUUUUGGUUGAUUUAGCAUUUAAUGGAAAUCUGAAAAUCUGUCAAAAUAUCAAAGUGCACAUGAACAUAUCGAAUAUUAGGCGUCUCGCGAGGGGUCACGGGGUGAAUUAUUACCUCACUGAAUUGCUGCUCGACCAUUCCCAUCUUCUGUGUUCCUUGUGCUUGGUUUAAACAGGUUUAAAUUAGUUAAU